UCUUGCCUAUUAAUUGACCCAUAACGCCCACUUUACUCAGCUUCCCAAACACUGCAUCAUCCACCAAACCAUUCCACCUCCUCCUCUGCUUCCUCUUCUUCCUUCCCCUUCCUCGUUCCCCUUCUACAUCAGAGAAGAGAAACCAACCCAACAAGGAUCGGAAGGAGUGCCAGCCAUGAGCAAGGACUGCGGCAACCACGGCGAGGACGACCUCCGCCGCUCGUGCCGGCGCCUGCUCGCGCUCCUCCUGGGCCUGGCCCUCAUCGUCGCCAUCAUCGCGCUCAUCGUCUACCUCGUCCUCCGCCCCACGCACCCGCGCUUCUUCCUGCAGGACGCCUCCCUCCGCCAGCUCGACCUCUCCAACGGCUCCUCCAACCUUCUCUCCACCACGCUCCAGGUCACCGUCGCCUCCCGCAACCCCAACGACCGCGUCGGCGUCUACUACGACCGCCUCGACGUCUACGCCUCCUACAAGUACCAGCAGAUCACCGUCGCCGCCUCGCUCCCGCCCGUCUACCAGGGCCACGGCGACGUUGACGUCUGGUCGCCCGUCCUCGCCGGUCCCAACGUCCCCUUCGCCCCCUACCUCGCCGCCGCGCUCCAGCAGGACUGCCAGGCGGGCUACCUCAUCCUCCAGGUCAAGAUCGACGGCCGCGUCCGCUGGAAGGUCGGCAGCUGGAUCUCCGGCCACUACCACCUCUUCGUCACCUGCCCGGCCUUCCUCGUCACCAACGGCGGCAACGGCGCGCCGGGGGCCAGCGGAUUCAAGUUCCAGACCACCACCUCCUGCCGCGUCGAGGUCUAGCUAGCUACCAAGGCUUUGCUGCUGCCGGGGAGGUAGGUGUCUGUCAGUGUCUGCCUGUCCAUCAUAGCAUGCAGAAGGGGGCAAAAACAGAGGCCGCGGAAGCAGAGAGAUCUUCUUCUUGAUGCUCAGGGUCAGAGCGAUGCGGAAAUAACCGAUCAAUUCAAUACGUACCAGUGAAGUGAAUCCAUCAACGAUUCUGCUACCGCUGCUGCUGCGUAUAAAAAUGUAAAGGAUGUUUCAUUUUUCUUUCGGUAGGCUUGAUUAAUACUAUAAUAGUAGUACGAUCCAUCAAUGGUCAUAUAUAUACUAUUUAUAUAUAUGCUGCCCUUUUUCAUCCGUUAGCUGGUUGGGAUUUACUACUGUUGUUCAAGGAAGCUUAAUUGUCAAUAAACCUUUUUGAUGCGAAAUUAAAGGGGUAGCCGUUUUCAUGA